AUGACAGAAAUAGGUUUGGUAGUGAUCGACGAGCUGCACAUGGUCUACGACUCAUCCCGUGGUGGUGUAUUGGAGUCACUCUGUGCAAAAAUAAUUCUUUGGAACUCCCGAAACCCGUCGUCUGCUGUACGAAUAAUCGGAAUGAGCGCAACCCUAGAGAACUUGGAAGAAGUGGGCCUUUGGCUGAAUGCAAAAGUGAUUGCGACUCAUUUCCGACCAGUUGAGUUGCACGAACGACUAUGCUGUGGUGGACGUAUCAAAGACCUUAAAUCGGAUACCCACAUAAGAGAUGUUCCGAAGAGAUUUCGAGUUGCCGACGAUCCUGAAUGUGUUUUGGGUUUAGCAGCCGAAGGACUUUUCUUCCGAAAGCUUGUACUCGUGUUUUGUUCAUCGAAAGCGGAAGUCGAAAAGGUUAGAAGCGCUUGUGAUGUUAUUUCUGCACAUUCUACGUGA